ACAAUGUAUCAAUUGUUUAAUUGUUGAGGUCAACAAUUUAGUCGCAAAUUCGCAAACGAUCCAUCUAGACGUGGGAAAGAGUAUCUGAAAGUUUACAGAAUAAUAAUUUAUAUCAGAGUUAAGUUUGACCUUGUGGAUCUAAUUUCAUAAAAGAAAAUGCACGUUCUUGAGUUUAGAAAUUUGAGAGAUGAUUCUUACAGAUGCGAAUUGUGCGGCCAGAAGUUUAAUACGCAAUCAGCGUUACAACAACACAUUAAUAAAGCACAUACACCCCGAAAUAACGCUGAUGGUUCAAAUGAAACGUUUAAAUACGAAGAGUAUUUGAUGAACGUGUUUAAUUUUGUGCGUUACAAAUGCCAAUAUUGCGGCUUGUUGUUUAUAACGGAAUCAGAUUUAGAAAAGCCUAUUAAAGAAUUUCAUACAGUCGUAAGUAAUGGUGCGGGUUCAGGUGGAUCAUUUAAAUACAAAAAGCAUGGGACAACAUGCGGAGAACCUUUUAACGUAGAUCAGAACAUUACUCAUUCUGAAAUCACGUCCUGCAAAAUGUUUUCAAUAUUUGAACAAUUACGAACAUAUAUUGAAAAAUCUGAAGAAUUAAAUUCAGUAAAGAAAACUUAUGAAGAGUGCUUCGAAAUUUUGAAAAAAAUUAAAUGUGAGGAAAAUAUAAAAGGUCAUAACCCUAAAAACAAACACAACAAUGAAGCAGAACAACAGCAAGAUCCGGCAGGUCAUCAGGAAUUUUCUCCUGCAAGUGAAGAAAAAAAUCUUUAAUUGGAAAAGUUAAAAUCUCAGAUUGAAAUUGGAAAAUCUUCAAAAUUAAUUAUAAUUAUUAAAUUUGGCUUUUUUCGCAAAAUUUACAAAACUACAUUCGAUAUAAUAAUGCCUGCUACAUAGAUUAAAUUUAUUUUAAAUGCAAUAAAAACAUUUUCUAAAUUUACUCUAAUAAAAUCUUUUCAAUUUUAA